UUUGGCUGGGGUGUCUUUGCCUCCUCCUGGUGGCCAGGUUCUUAAUUCUCAACAGUAAUGAAUGAAGCAAUUGACUCUCCUCCCCUCAAUGGAAAUUAAAUUAUCAGAUAAGCAUAAUUUGUUUUUCACUUUUUGUUUCCGAAGUUUACCGACAGGCAAUAAAUAGCAAGAUGUUUGAAAUGGACAUGAAAAUUGCGGCAAUGCACGUCAAGCGAAAACAACUGCACCAACUACUUCCUCAUCAUGUACUCCCAAAGAAGAAAAGGCAUUCAGUUGAAGGUGUUAAAUUGGUAUCGCUGCAUGACAGCAGCCUUGACUUAUCGAUGGACAGUGACAACAGCAUGUCUGUGCCUUCUCCCACUAAUACAUCUAAGACCAGCCCUUUGAAUUCUUCUGGUUUGUCACAGGGCAGAAACAGCCCAGCUGCACCCACAGGAACUUCUUCUGUGACGAACACCCCAACUUCUGAUGUAAUUGUACCACAGAAUAAUUCCAGUGAAAACUCAGGUG